CAGAUGGGCUUAGGUCACGAGCAAGGAUUUGGAGCCCCCUGCUUAAAAUGCAAAGAUAAAUGUGAAGGAUUCGAACUGCACUUCUGGAGAAAAAUAUGCCGCAACUGCAAGUGUGGCCAAGAAGAACACGAUGUCCUCCUGAGCAAUGAAGAGGAUCGGAAAGUGGGGAGACUUUUUGAAGACACCAAGUACACCACCUUGAUCGCAAAGCUAAAAUCGGAUGGCAUCCCUAUGUAUAAACGCAAUGUUAUGAUCCUGACCAAUCCCGUUGCUGCCAAGAAGAAUGUCUCCAUCAACACAGUCACCUACGAAUGGGCGCCUCCUGUCCAGAACCAAGCGCUGGCCAGGCAGUACAUGCAGAUGCUGCCUAAGGAGAAGCAGCCCGUGGCCGGCUCCGAAGGGGCGCAGUACCGGAAGAAGCAGCUGGCAAAGCAGCUCCCUGCUCACGAUCAGGACCCUUCCAAGUGCCAUGAGUUGACUCCCAAAGAGGUGAAGGAGAUGGAGCAGUUUGUGAAGAAAUAUAAGAACGAGGCUCUCGGGGUGGGAGAUGUCAAACUUCCCCAAGAGAUGGACGCCCAAGGCCCCGACCGGUCCUAUAUCCCUGGCGGCGAUAGAAGCACUACGACGUCGGUCGGGGCCACUGAGGACAAGUCUACGGAACACAAGCACGCGCAGUAUUCCUGCUAUUGCUGCAAGCUGAGUAUGCAGAAGGGUGACCCGGCCGUCUACGCUGAGAGGGCUGGCUACGACAAACUGUGGCACCCUGCUUGCUUUGUGUGCAGCACCUGCGGUGAACUCCUGGUCGACAUGAUCUAUUUUUGGAAGAAUGGGAAGCUGUACUGUGGCAGGCACUACUGUGACAGUGAGAAACCCCGAUGUGCUGGCUGUGAUGAGCUCAUAUUCAACAAUGAAUAUACCCAGGCCGAAAACCAGAACUGGCACCUGAAACACUUUUGCUGCUUUGACUGUGACUGCGUUCUAGCUGGGGAGGUAUAUGUGAUGGUCAAUGACAAGCCCGUGUGCAAGCCCUGCUAUGUGAAGAAUCAUGCUGUGGCGUGCCAAGGAUGCCACAAUGCCAUUGACCCCGAGGUGCAGCGGGUGACCUACAACAACUUCAGCUGGCAUGCCUCCACUGAGUGCUUCCUGUGCUCCUGCUGCAGCAAGUGUCUCAUCGGGCAGAAGUUCAUGCCCGUGGAAGGGAUGGUGUUCUGCUCUGUGGAGUGUAAGAAGAUGAUGUCUUAAGAGAGCACCAUGCCGUCUCAGCCAUAGUUAUGUUAACCCAUGCCGCCUGCUUCUUCUGUCUACUAGAAAAUGCAAUUUGAGAAAAUAAAAGGAAAAGGGUGUGGGAAAGAAACCCUAAAAGAAAUCAGAUUUUUCUCAGUGUCCUUUGCAGUUUUUCUCUUAUCAAUUUUUUUGUCUAAAAUUUUGGAACCUUUUAAAUGCUCUAAGCAUUUGAUUAAAAACAAAGGCAGAGAAUUUUAUUUUUUCUUUAGCUUUCCAGUUGUGAGCUUUUUGGAUAGAAGGUCAAUUUUUAAUGACCUAAUCUCCAUAUCCCCAUCACCCAUGUGCCAAAGGCAGUCCACAAGAAGUACCUAAGCGCUCGUGCAAUGAGUGGGAAGAUGAGCCUGUUUUGUUCUGUGUGCUUUUUCCCUUCGUGUGUAAAGUGAAACGGAAAUUAAACUUGCCUUCACACCGGAGCUCCACCUUCAUUGCCUCCUCGUCUCCACUGAGCUCCUUGUCGGCCCAGUGAAUGCCUGUCGAUGGUGAGAAUGGAAACUGGAGUUUGCAGAGCGCAGCUCAUUUCGUGCCUGUGCAGCCACUAGUUCCCAGUUUGGGCAGCGGAUCCGUUCUUUAUUGCAUUUCUCUGGUAAGAUUAUUUUUCCCUGCCUCUCAGUAUUCCUUUUCCAAGCUGGCAACCUCCAUCUGUGGCCUUGACUCUCUUAUUACCACGAGACACAACAGAAGCCCCCUUUUUACUCUUGAGAUGAUUUGGGUUUGGGCAUAAAAGCCCGGUCACUCUUGUACACUGUUUGCAAUCCAAAGAGCAUGUGCACUUUUGUACUUGGAUUUAGUCUCCUUCCUGCCACGAUUCCAGUUGUGUAUUCUGCAUGUUUUGUAUUUUCAUAGAUACUGCCCUCGCCUAUGCAUGUGUAUAUUGAAGACUAAUUAAAAUCAAAUCUUCACCUGCAUACUUCUAUACCGAAGCAUUUCUAACGCCUAUUCCCAGCUCCCUGUAUACUUCCUUACAUUGCUAUGCAUUAUGAAAUUCAAAUGGAAUGAAUGUUACUUAUGUUGUUCAAAAUAAAAGUCUUUCACUCUAA